CUAGACCACAUGCCACUGUAUCACAUGGAAACAAUGAGGAGACAUUUGUCAUCGAACCCUCUGGGCUACAGACGAUUUACUUUACUGCUUUUAAAAUAGUUUUCUUUAUGUUCCAAUGGCUUUCGGCAGGUACACUAAGCUUAUUUGGUAUUUCAUGUUUUUGUGGUAGUUUUUUUGUUUUUUUUGGUAUUAUACUUUCUUUCAUUUUAAUGUUUUAGCUCUGACAUCAGCAAUUGGUCGACCAUCUAGUCAAUUCUAGUCUAUGCUGAGCACACUAGAUCGAGUGCCUAAGUGUCAGUUUUAUGUAAUCCCAGUAGGCAAUUGCCUAUACCCGAUGUCACGGCGAUGCUUGUAUGCAAUCCCAGUAGGCCCAUACCUAUACCCGGUGCUUGCAUGUACGGAUCUGAACUAUCAGAUCUACGGAUCUGAACUAUCGGAUCUACGGAUCUGAACUAUCAGAUCUACGGAUCUGAACUAUCGGAUCUACGGAUCUGAUCUAUCGGAUCUACGGAUCUGAACUAUCGGAUCUAAGGAUCUGAACUAUCGGAUCUACGGAUCUGAACUAUCGGAUCUAAGGAUCUGAACUAUCGGAUCUACGGAUCUGAACUAUCGGAUCUACGGAUCUGAACUAUCGGAUAACGGGUCUGAACUAUCGGACCUACGGAUCUGAACUAUCGGAUCUACGUAUCUGAACUAUCGGAUCUACGGAUCUGAACUAUCGGAUCUACGGAUCUGAACUAUCGGAUCUACGGAUCUGAACUAUCGGAUCUACGGAUCUGAACUAUCGGAUCUACAGAUCUGAACUAUCGGAUCUACGGAUCUGAACUAUCGGAUCUAAGGAUCUGAACUAUCGGAUCUAAGGAUCUGAACUAUCGGAUCUACGGAUCUGAACUAUCGGAUCUACGGAUCUGAACUAUCGGGUCUAAGGAUCUGAACUAUCGGGUCUAAAGAUGUGAACUAUCGGAUCUACGGAUCUGAACUAUCGGAUCUAAGGAUCUGAACUAUCGGAUCUGAGGAUCUGAACUAUCGGAUCUACGGAUCUGAUCUAUCGGAUCUACGGAUCUGAUCUAUCGGAUCUACGGAUCUGAACUAUCGGAUCUAAGGAUCUGAACUAUCGGGUCUAAGGAUCUGAACUAUCGGAUCUAAGGAUCUGAACUAUCGGAUCUACGGAUCUGAACUAUCAGAUCUACCGAUCUGAACUAUCGAAUCUACGGAUCUGAACUAUAGGGUCUAAGGAUCUGAACUAUCGGAUCUACGGAUCUGAACUAUCGGAUCUACGGAUCUGAACCAUCGGAUCUACGGAUCUGAACUAUCGGGUCUAAGGAUCUGAACUAUCGGAUCUACGGAUCUGAACUAUCGGGUCUAAGGAUCUGAACUAUCGGAUCUACGGAUCUGAACUAUCGGAUCUACGGAUCUGAACUAUCGGAUCUACGGAUCUGAACUAUCGGAUCUACGGAUCUGAACUAUCGGAUCUACGGAUCUGAACUAUCGGAUCUACGGAUCUGAACUAUCGAAUCUACGGAUCUGAUCUAUCGGAUCUACGGAUCUGAACUAUCGGAUCUAAGGAUCUGAACUAUCGGAUCUACGGAUCUGAACUAUCGGAUCUACGGAUCUGAACUGUCGGAUCUAAGGAUCUGAACUAUCUGAUCUACGGAUCUGAACUAUCGGAUCUAAGGAUCUGAACUAUCGGAUCUAAGGAUCCGAACUAUCAGAUCUACGGAUCUUAACUAUCGGAUCUACGGAUCUGAACUAUCAGAUCUACGGAUCUGAACUAUCGGGUCUACGGAUCUGAACUAUCGGGUCUACGGAUCUGAACUAUCGGAUAUACGGAUCUGAUCUAUCGGAUCUACAGAUCUGAACUAUCGGAUCUACGGAUCUGAACUAUCGAAUCUACGGAUCUGAUCUAUCGGAUCUACGGAUCUGAACUAUCGGAUCUACGGAUCUGAACUAUAGGAUCUAAGGAUCUGAACUGUCGGAUCUACGGAUCUGAACUAUCGGAUCUACGGAUCUGAACUAUCGGAUCUACGGAUCUGAACUAUCGAAUCUACGGAUCUGAUCUAUCUGAUCUACGGAUCUGAACUAUCGGAUCUAAGGAUCUGAACUAUCGGAUCUACGGAUCUGAACUAUCGGAUCUACGGAUCUGAACUAUCGGAUCUACGGAUCUGAACUAUCGGAUCUAAUGAUCUGAACUAUCGGAUCUAAGGAUCUGAACUAUCGGAUCUAAGGAUCUGAACUAUCAGAUCUACGGAUCUGAACUAUCGGAUCUACGGAUCUGAACUAUCGGAUCUACGGAUCUGAACUAUCGGGUCUACGGAUCUGAACUAUCGGGUCUACGGAUCUGAACUAUCAGAUCCGUACUUUUCCUCUUUUUAAGGCUGUGUACAGGAAGUGGUGGUACCCAUGAUGGGGGAAAACGUUGUGCUUCUAGAAUCAAUUCGUCCGCCUUGGUCCUCUACUGUCACUCCACUCUCACCCUGUGCAUCCCAGCGGCUGUUAGCAUGCAACAGCAGCCACGCCCUGGCCAUCGGCUUCCACUAGCCGGGUAAACCGGGUGAGGGGAGCUGAUGGGCCUCAAACCCUCGGUGAUUUAGGACUGCCCACCUGCUGCAUUGCGAAGCCUGGACUUCGACGGAUCCUGCGGAGGAGACCGUUCAGGCUCAGCGGAGGAGAUGGCGAUUACAGCAACGCACCGUGGAGUGUGCUGAACAAGAUUGAGGCACGUAGAACAUCUUGGUCAUCCACUGCAUCCGUAACCCACCUCCGGCCGUCUUAGUCUUGCCACUGGACACGGUGGGUCCGGACGAGAGAGUGAGGUUGACGCUGCGCAACUCUUCCCCACUUUAAACAAAGUCACCAGCGCAAAUCAUCAGUCAUACAUUUGUUUACUGGGUCACUCGAUUGUCCUAGUUUUGACUGGCGAACAACAUGCUUGUAUGUAAUCCCGGUAGGCCAAUACCUAUAUCCGGUGCUUGGAUGUAAUCUCGGUAGGCUUAUACCUAUAUCCGGUGCUUGUAUGUAAUCCCGGUAGGACUAUACCUAUAUCCGGUGCUUGUAUGUAAUCCCGGUAGGACUAUACCUAUAUCCGGUGCUUGCAUGUAAUCCCGGUAGGACUAUACCUAUAUCCGGUGCUUGUAUGUAAUCCCGGUAGGACUAUACCUAUAUCCGGUGCUUGCAUGUAAUCCCGGUAGGCCUAUACCUAUAUCCGGUGCUUGUAUGUAAUCCAAGUAAGCAUAUGCCUAUACCCGUUGUAUGAGUAUUUAUAAGUUCGACUUGACUAAAUUUACUUACAAUAAGAAUAUCUAUUAUAUUUUUGAUUUGCUUCUGGUGUGGCUGCUUCCUUAUAGCAACCAACCCUCCCCUUCACAACAUGUUUGAUAUUAAUAGUACUGAGUGGGGGGGGGGGUAAAAGGCUGUGAAGCAGCGAGCAUCACGCGUGACGGUUGAACUCAGGUAAGAAGGUUGCAUUUUUUUGUAGGGAGGCGACUAUUAAAACCAACCCUCCCCUUCACAACAUGUUUGAUAUUAAUAGUACUGAGUGGGGGGGGGGAAAAAGCCUGUGAAGCAGCGAGCAUCACGCGUGACGGUUGAACUCAGGUAAGAAGGUUGCAUUUUUUUGUAGGGAGGCGACUAUUAUAUUAAUCAACGAAGAGCCACGGGUAUGGUGUAAGACUGUACGACCAAUGUGUAAAGGCCGGCAGUAAGGGUGUAGGACUGUCUGUAAGCCUAUUGUGUAAAGGCCGGAAGGUAUGGUGUGGGUCUGUCUGUAGGCCUAUCGGGAGGUAGUGUGUAGGCUAUCGAUAGGCCUAUUGUGUAAAGGCUGGCAAAUGUUAUGGAAAAUGAGAAGUUAAGUUUUGUACUUUGACCCACCGGGUAUUUUCUCAAAUUAACCGGAUCCGGUGUCAAAACAACAGCAACAACAACAACAAAAACUGGUCACAGCUAAGCGCUAGUAAUGAAUUGACGAAUGGUAGCCCUAAUAUUGUAUGUUUCGCUUUUCCUCAUAACAAAUUCUUACAAUCCAGGAGGCCUCCUCAUAUGACAGGUAAAUUUUAAAUACCUACGUAUUUGCAAAUAACAGGCAUAUUUUUUUUUACAACAUAGUCCUUUACAGUGCAUAGUUUUCUGCUAUUAACAUUUAUCUAUGAUACUUCUUUAUCGCUCUAGUGUCGUUGCUAGAAUCCAAGCAUUCACCAAGGAUGUGGCUUCGGGAUCAAUGCUGCAGGCGGCAUCUCUAACGAUAGCUGAGGUGCAGAGACGGCGCCAGGGGCCAAUGGCAAGACAAGACAACAUGCAGAGGAGACGUCUGGCAACCGAGGCAAGGGCAGAAAAGUGGAUGAGAGCCCGUCAGGCAGCAAUGAAAAAAAAAGCCAAAGCAAGAGCAGCCAGGGAAGAGAGAUUUCGCCAGGCAGCAAUGGCGAGGCAAGCUAAAAUACAGAGGAAACGCGUGGAAGCCGCGGCCAGGGCGGAAAAGUGGCUUAGAGCCCGUCAGGCGGCGAGGGAAAAAAAAGCCAAAGCAAGAGCAGCCAGGGAAGAGAGAUUUCGUCGGGCGACAAUGGCGAGGGAAGCAAAGGCGAGAAAGAGGAGGGUCGCGAUGGUGGAAAGAAUGCGGCGGGUAAUACUCGCAAGGGAGGCCAGGCUGCAGAGAAAACGUGAGGCAGCGAUGGCAAGGGCGGCAAGGGCAGCAAGGGCGAGGGCAGCUAAGCUGGGAGGAGCGCGCCAUGGAGCGGCGGCAAGAGCGGCCAGGUUCCAGAGAAAUCGCCAGGGAGCCAUGGCGAGAGCAGCCGAGUCGGAGGAGCAUGAGAUCGAGACAACUUCUUCGGAGGAGCACGAGGUCGCGCCAACUUCGACGCAGGAGCACGAGGUCACACCGACCACUUCGACAUCCACCAUACUGUACGCGUAAAACGUGUUCAGGGUGUCUGAAUCGAGUUUGUUCAAAGGGGGGGAAUCAUCCCUGUCCACAUCAAAACGAUGAUAAUGCGAGGCAACGCUCUUCAAGCGGUCCAUUAAAUCAAUGUUUCCUUAAGGAAUUAAAAUCUUUGCCACGCCA